AUGUCGUUGAGAAAGUGGCUUACACGCAGCGACAAGCCGAGCAGGCACAAGCCGGCAACACAGGGUUUGCAUGGCGAGAUAGAUUCGGCCGCGAAAGAUACACAGGCUGGUGGAGCGAAGGGUGAUGGCGCAGAAUUAUCCCUGGGAGGCAAAAUUUUGAGCAUGAUAACGCCGUCGGACGGCAAUAGCUCGUCUUCCUCGGGCCCCGACGGUGUCACAGAAAAUGGAUACCCCAGCGGCAACCGCGAGACCGGCAGCCAUAUUCACGGCAGCCAGGAUGCUAGCGACCCUGUGUCUGAGAAGGCGUACCAUUCUUCGUCCGCGAUCAGCGAUUUUGAGGACCUGGAGUCUGAAUACGACUACUUUCCCCUGAUCAAGCCUUCAGUGACGCCUCUCUUGCCAUAUGGAGAUGGCUCAAACAAGGUUUUUGGCUACGAAAACUUUGGAAACACCUGCUACUGCAAUUCGGUGCUGCAAGUCAUUUACAACCUACCAGAGCUCCGCGUAAACCUGUUAGAAUUCCCAGAAAGGCCGUCUUCCCUGCCUCGGAGGCGAAAGUCUGAGAUGCCUGGCAUCAAGCCUCGAAUUUUCGACGAUACCAGCUUUACCCAUUCGAAUAACGGGAGCGAGAAUGCCAAGAAAAACUCCAGUUCCAGCGGAAGCGCAGGCUCUCUCGGAAAAGAGCCUUCCAGGAAAACCUCUGCAUCCUCUCUGAAACCUGGGAUGUCAGCACGAGCUCAGCGCUUGCAUAACGCCUCUGUUGUUCAUGGCACGGUGAUGGCCUCUGAUGCUAUAACGGAAAAACUGCAUGAAGGCUUCACGCGAAUCGUUGUUGGGCGCGUGAACGGGAAAAGCCAAAAGAGGUCUGUACAAAGGACGCCGCCAUCGAACUCGGCAUCAUCGUCUUCGAGCUCUGUCAUGGAGUCAUCCCCUCCAAAUAUCUCGCUAGCGUCUUCUACUAGACCCGAGGAAACGUCAAGUGAAGAACGGAAAAGUUCUGCCCUUAUAAGAGGCCCGGUUUUGAAUGUUGAUCAUUCUCUGAUCGACUACCUGCCGCAGGGAGAGAAACCUAGCUUAUACACUGCAUUGAAGGACCUUUAUGAAAGCAUUACUGAGAACAAGUUUUUAACAGGCGUCGUGUCUCCAAUACAAUUUGUCGAGACUUUAAAACGAGAGAAUAUUCUCUUUAGCAGUACCAUGCAUCAAGAUGCCCAUGAAUUUUUGAACUUUUUGUUGAAUGAUAUAAGUGACUACAUCAACGCACAUUCCAAAAACAACAUCCAAGCCCAUGAAACAACAAACCCUAUGGAUGACAACCACUUGAAUUUUGUUGACCGACUCUUCAAAGGCACUUUGACAAAUAGAACCAAGUGCUUGACAUGUGAUAACAUGACGUACCGUAAUGAACCAUUCUUGGAUUUCGCGAUAGAAGUUCAAGAUGACGGCGAAACCGACAUUCAGACAACUUUGGCUGACUAUCACCAGAAAGAACUACUUAACGGUGCCAACAAGUUUUAUUGUGACGAGUGCUGUGGCCUACAGGAGGCCGAGAGGGUUGUUGGUCUAAAACAACUACCAUUUUACCUCGCUUUGCAUAUGAAGAGGUUCAAAUACUCAGAAGAACAAAACUGCAAUGUUAAGCUGUUCAAUAGAAUACGAUACCCGCUCGAUCUUAAAGUUUGCUCUACCUUUGAUGCAUCUGUCUGCAAACAGUACGAGCUGGUAGGCCUCGUUGUUCACAUGGGCGGGGGCCCUCAUCAUGGCCAUUACGUCUCUCUCUGCAAAAAUGAAAGGUUUGGGUGGCUUCUUUUCGACGACGAAACAGUUGAGACAGUGAAUGAAUCAACUGUGUUGAAGUUUGUUGGAAACUCCGACGACCUCACAACCGCCUACCUGCUGUUUUAUAGAGAGAAGACCGCCGGGGCCACUAGUGGUAAUGACAAGUCGCAGGAAUAUGCCGAAUGCGUUGACGAAUUGAUAAAACUUGACGAGAAAAUACGGGUUGGCUCAGAAAGCGGCAAAAACGAUCAAAAUACAACCCUUGAGGAGGUGCCCGAGGAACGCCGGGGAGAGAGAAAGUUAUCGAGCAAAGGGUUAAAGAGGCGUUCAAGAAUUUUUAGCUUCAAAAGGUCGCCGAAGGACUAA